ACGAUUGUUUCUUCUUAUAAUGACACCGAUUAAAUUGCGGGAAAUCGAAAUUGAAACUCGACAAUAAAAAGUUAAAAAUUACUUGGAUAAAAUGACCGUCGAAGACUUGUAUAUAGACAAUAUAGAUGAAUUUGUGAAGGAUGAAAACAAAAUUGUAACAUAUAAGUGGCUGAGUCAGACAUUGCAAGUUCACUGUAAUACUGCCAAACAGAUGCUUUACAAGUAUAUAGACACAGAGAGAAAUACGAAGGAGACAGAUAGCUUAUGUGUCACAUACUUUGUAUCUGGCCUGACCAAACCAGAUGAUAGUGGUGAACAGAUGUUUAAGUGUACAGUAGUACCAGAAGAGAAACUAGAGUCAUGUAAAUCAAUGCUGGCAAUCCUCACAAGCUGCCAUGUUUAUAGUGUGCAGAAAUCAAAAUUAAAGGAUUCCAAUGCUUUAUAUAUGACAGACUAUGCCAAGUUUAAGGAGAAUGUAUUUGAUUGCAACAAGUAUAGCAGUAUACAUUAUGACAGAGCAACAUUACGAUCUGAAGAUGAGCUAAGCCUUCUAUCUGUUAACUAUACAGCUACAGAACCAGAAAAGAAGCCUAACACUGCAUCAAAUGGCGGUACAACAUCAAAGCCAGCAGGCAAGAAACAGCCCCAGUCAGAUAUUGCUAGUAUGUUUGCCAAGUCUGAUGCUGGAAAGAAAGACAGUAAAGCUGAUGUUAAACCAUUGGUAAAAGAGGAGCCAAAAACUUCAACAAAGGAUAAAGGCGGUAAUAAAGGUGGUAAUAAAGGUGGCAACAAAGCUGGUAACAAAGCUGGUAUGACGGCAUUCUUCUCCAAACAAACAGACAAAAAAGUACAAGAAAAGUCACCUGAGAAAAAGAAAUCCCCUGUUAAAACUGAAACAAAGUCAAAGAAAACAGCUAGACAAGAAGAUUCGGAUGAAGAGAUUGUGAGGUCAAAGAGACGAAGGACACAGGACCUGUUUGACAGUGGCAGUGAAGAAGAAAUGGAGGAGGAACCAGAGAGUCCAAUACCACCUACACCGCCCCCAACUCCAGCUGUCGCUGAGCCAGAAAUCAAAGCUGAGUCUCCAGAUAUUGAGGAAAUACAAGAACCUGUGUCAGAAAAGCAUUCUAAAAGUGAAGAGUCAUCAAAGGGAGCUCAAUCUGGUAAAAGAAGAGUAAGAAGAAGAAAGCAAGUCAAUAAGACCUACAUGGAUAAAGAUGGAUUUAUGGUUACAGAAAAAGUAUACGAGGAGGAAUCUACUGAUGCUUCUGAAGCAGAAGAGCCUGUACCUAAAGAAACAAAGAAAACUGGACCAACUAAAUCACCUCCAAAGGGUAAAAAGUCACCAAAGAAAGCUUCACCAGGAAAGAAAGGUCAAGGAAGUGGGAAACAAACAUCUCUCAUGUCAUUUUUCAAAAAAUCUUGAAAUAAAUCGAAUUAGGCAGUUGUUUUCAACAAUGCUAUGAUGUUCUGAAUUCACUUAUUUAGAUAUAUUCAAAAUAGACUGGUAAUAAAUAUAUAAAAAAUGAAAUGAGAAUAUUCUGGAUAUACAAGAGAGAUAAACAUUUAUGUUACAGGAUACAGAACAAUUGUACUGUUGUUUCUUUUUAAUGAAUAUACAUGUUUGGAAAACUUCUGUGAACAAGAUUUCAUUAUUGAUGCCUAUUAUACGCAAUAAAUUUAUUUAUUAAAUUUA